UCGACUGAAGCACACAAUGCAGUUUCACUGUAGGGUUAUCCACCCAGGGUUCACGUAUUGCCAGCUUUUCAAAUAACAUGAAAAUAUAUUUGUACAUCUGCUUUUGACGAUCGGGGUUAAUCAUAACAUUUUACAAAUUAAUUUAAAGUGUGUUCUUGAGAUAAUAUAGAUUGCGGCGGCGAGAACGGAGAAAUAAUUCAACUUUACACGACUCAGUGGAUUGCACGGUGGGCCGCGGAAGGAGGUGCCCGGCCUACUUUACGGGGGCUUGGCCGACGCUCCUGUCGAUGUAAAUCAAGCUCGAGGCCUCGGGGCCUGCGAUAGUGUCGUCAAAUGGAGACCGGACGAAACGAGCAGAAGCCAGCAGAGAAUGAUCAGACACAUCGGCAAGUUUCGAGUGGUAGCUAGCUUGCUGGGCCAGUUAACCUAGCUAGCUAGCAGGCAGUCGUCACCAGACGGAAAAACUGCUCAGCUUAUUUUGGGGAUGUCUUUUGGUCGUUCUGUUGCCCGUUGCCAGUUGAAACUGACAAUGUCUUGACACGGAGACAAUAACGUGGAAGGGACUAUCCUAAAGCAUACAACAGAGGUUUUUUUUCUUUCUUUUCUUUUUUUAAAUGGAAAACAGACCCACAGAGGAACAGACAUGACUUUCAAUGGACAAAAGUGUGCUGAUGCCAUGCGGUCUUCAAUGGACACAAAGCUGUAGGCAGGAAUAUUACCUCCAACUUAAUCUUGGAUACCUACGUUGGUCCAGGUGGUGUUGGUUUUCCUCAGUAAAAGUAAGGCCCUUCCACAGACAAAGGUGUUGGUGCCUUUUGUACAGACUUUGGUGCAAUACGCUUUGACAUGGACGGUCCGAGUCGAAGUGGGGGGUUAAGACAGAGCCGUCGCUCCCGUUCUCAGCGUGACAGAGAGCGGCGCAGACGAAGAGCAGACCUCAGACCCUCUUCACCUUCCUCAGCCUCAGAUCAGGAGCUUUGCAGAGGAGACUCUCUCCUUGGUGCAAGUGGUGGAGAAUGUCGACCCGUCUUUACUGGUGCCAGGCACCGUCCUCCUCGCCGGAGGAAGCGAGAAUCAGUUUCUUGCGAAGAAGACAUUAUCGAUGGAUUUGCUAUAGCCAGCUUCAUAAGCUUGGAGGCAUUGGAGAUGGACUGUUCUUUGAAGCCGCCAGAGCGAGCUGGUAUGUUGGUGGGGAGAGGGAGCAAAAGGAAGAGGGGUCUGGAUGAGAAUGGAGGGCCUCUCACAGAGCCUGAGGAAGGAGCUCCUGCUACUUACACCACCAGCAAUGGGGAGAAGCACAAGAACGACAAGAGAAAGAGAGACUCUAAGGUCUCUGGAAAUCUCAUGGAGACAGGAUACAUUUGUGACACAGAAAGUGAAUCUGGAGAUAAGGCCUCUGAUAACGAUAUGGAGCCUACAUUCAUCGUUAGCACUAGAGAAGCUGUGGGCCCCAACCAAGUGAGUGUGGCCUCUACUGUGAGCAACGGCUGCACCCUUUUACCUUCGAAUAAUGGGCCGCCACGUCUGUCGGUGACACCCCGAGUCUCUGGUUUGGAGCGCAGUCAGGAGAAGAGUCUAGAGCUGCCUUACCCUGAAGCCACCUCUACCUCGUCCUCUCUCCCCUGCCUCCUGCCCCGUUCUCCCACCUCUGCCUCCACCUCGCUGCCCGAGCAGCAGAAUGGAGAUGCUGGCCCACACCACCGCCAUGACUGCAGCCCCCCACGGCACAAGCAUAAGCCCUUCCUCUCAUUCCCUGGUCGUUCACAACCAGUGUACAGCAUGGGGAACAGGAGCAGUACUUCAGUCAAGCCUCCGUCUUCAUCCUCCUCCUCCUCAUCGAUUCGACCACCUACGCCCUCAAAUAGCGUGUCGGCUGGCCGAGGCCCGUCUGCAGGAGGUGUGCUUCGGCCCUCCUCUCGACCCAGCCCUGGUACCCUCUUCACCCCUUCUCCUCUCCCUCCGCCACCUCCGCUCCUGCAGUCAUCCCCUCGCUCUGCGGAUCAGGACCUACUCCGCCAGGAAAUGAACUCGCGCUUCCUGGCCUCCCAGGGAGCAGAGCGGGAGGGCAGAGCUUCUGCGAGCAGCACUGGAGUCAGCACUACUUCCGCCUCAGGAGGCCCCUCUGCUUCCACAUCUAGCUCUGGGACCUCCAGCAGGUCCACACAGGCCCAGGCCUCCAUCCCUAUGGCCUAUCAGUUCCAUCACCACAACCAUCAGCAUCAGCACACCCACACCCACCAACACUUCCUGCACCCACCUGCUGCAGCAACCCCUAUGUUUGAGAAGUAUCCAGGCAAGAUGGAUCUGUUUCGACACUCAUUUUUCCCUCAGUACCCACCACCUGUGCCUGGAAUCCAGUCUGUACUCCCCCCCACUGGACCAUUUAGUUCCCUGCAAGGAGCUUUUCAGCCCAAGCUUGUUGCCCUCCAGGGUACUGCUCCAGAGAUGACUGCUCGUCUGGGAGUUGUACCUUCCCACUUGCAGCCUAAGGAUCCCAGGAUAUCAGACCCAUUUGGACCGUCACUGAAAGUCAGUAAUAAGCCUGGAAAGUGGUGUGCUAUGCAUGUGCGUGUGGCCUGGAUGAUUUUGAGACAUCAGGAGAAAGUUAAGCUGAUGCAGGCAGAUCCUCAAAAGCUGGACUUCCGUAAUGACCUGUUGCCACGUCUACCUGGGCCUGGUGGCAUCGGAGGAAUUGGGGGCAUAGGAGGACUUGGAGGGCCUUUGCCUCCAACCCACGACCUCACGAGACCUGGGAGCCUCUUUACAGGUGCAGGUGGAGUCAAUCCGUCCUCCACUCCCUUCAUCCCUCCACCAACGCCCCAUUCUUUCCUCACCCCAGCACCACAUCUGGAUCCGUAUGGCCGCUCACCCCCUUUCACACCUCUGGGAGCUCUGGGUUCAGGUGCCUUUGGGGGACUUGGGAGCCCCUCACUGGCUGCCAGUUCUGUUUUUGGACAUAAGGCAGAAUCAUCUGCAAAUACAGUGGGAGGAUUAGGUAACCCGCAUGAUCCAUGGAAUCGUCUGCAUGUCGCCCCUCCUUCUUUCCCCUCAGGGCCCUCUUGGGCCAAAGGACUAGAGAAGAGGGAUGAGAGAGACAGGGGUAAGGAUAUUGAGAGAAGAGAACUGACCCACAUAAAAGAUGAAAAGGACAGGGAUAGUCUACUGUAUGGCCGUCAGCCUGUGCGAAUGUCCCCCAGCACCCCAUCGCUUAAGCAUCGCAGCAGCACCCCUAGUUUCCAUGUGAAUGGCCUGGGUCCCUUGAGUGGGGGUCAGUCUGAUGGACAAAGCAGGGAGCGUGACCGUGAAAGGGAAAGAGAGCGAGAGGCAGAGAAGAGACAGCAUUCACUUUCAGGCUCCAGGACAGCAGUGGCAGCCUCCUCAGCACCAGAUCGACCUCGUUCGUCAACUUCAUCUGUUCUUGCAACCCCUCCUCCGAGUGCCCCAUCAGCACCCUCCCCUCUGGACCUGUUUUCCAGACAGCCACAUGCUCUCAGCUCAGAACCCUCUCACCCAUCCCAAAGAGAGAGCAGUGGACCAGCCUCUUCCUCCUCCUCUAUCAGUUUACUUCCAAACAAGAAGCCUGAUCGGACCACGACUCCGGUUUCUAAGCCACCCACGGGUCUCCCUACUGGGCAGCUUCAUGCCCCAGUGAAGGUCAAAGAGGAGAGAAAAGAAGAGCCUGAACCUGUGCCUAUCUCUUUACCACAUCCAGCUGUACCGCCUCAUAGCUUUGAGAGGCCCAACAGUCACCACACUCACCAUCCUUCAACCCCUUCUUCAACCCUUUCGUUGACUCCCACAUCUGGAGUGCCUCUUCCCCCUCCCACCCCACAUCACCUCUCUCUCCUGGAUCGCUCACGAGCAGCUGCCAUUGAGGCUUAUCUGGGUGGAGCCGGGGGCUCGCCCGGACUGGUUCCAGCGGAUCGGUUUUCAGCCCAUCCACACACACCGCCUCAGAGCCACACGCAGGCCCCACACAGCUUCCCCUGGGACCCCUGGAGAGAGCUCGCCGCCCAGCAGCAGCAGCAGCAGCAACGUCGAGAGGUCUUGGCCUUGCGGCCAGAUCCCCAUCUUGCGCUUCGCUCUGACCCGCACUUGUCCCGCCUUCUUCAGCAUCAGCACGCGCGAUACCUAGAAGCAGAGAGAGUGGCGGCAGUAGCGGCGGCAGUGGCAGCUAGUCCCCAUCACCCACCUGCACCUACCUCUACGUCUACUGCUUCGUCCUCGGCGACCCGACCAGAAUUUGGAUUGAUGUCUCAUCCCUUUGAUCGCCCUCAUCAGGUCGGUGCUCCUGGUGGCGGGUUGCUGGAUGAGGAGCAGCGUGCCCAGAUACUGCGGGAGGACUUUGAGAGGGCGCGGUACUUUGGCAUGCAUCCACACCUUUCAACGCCUCACCUGCCUAGUCCGUCUCAUGCAGCCCACCUUGAGCAGCUGCACGCAGGCUUGCUGUCUCACUCUCAGCUUCAUCCUCCUGGUGCAUCUGCACCUUCAUCGCAUCACCCAAGCCUCUAUUCUCGCUUGGGCCCCUUGCAUUCUCAUGUUCCCAAUGGAAUUCUCACCAAGACACCCAGUCUGGUUGGGCCAUUGUCAGUCGGUGCGCCUCCUCCGCUAAUUCCCUCUGUCACUAGGGCCUCCACCCCACCUCGUACUUCCAGACUUGGUGGGGCUGGAGAUUUGACCCUGUACAGCACACACAAGGAUGGCGAAUCCAGAUAGUAGUAGGAAAGUCUAGAAUAGGUGAGGAAUUUACUGCUCUUGAACUGCUCUUCGUACAAAUGGAAGUUUGUGCGGGAAGCUCAACUUGCUGAAGCUAAAAUAAUUGUACACAAGUGUUAAGAUGACCUGAGUGGAGGGCAGAGAGACUUCAUAGGGCUGCUCAGUAUAUUUAUCCACUGUGGUUAUAUUGGUGCAAUUUAAGGUACUCUUGUUUUUUCCUUCUCCUGUGCUUUUUGAUUUAUAUUUAGGGUUUUGUUUCUCAAAGAGGCCUGUGGAUGUUUAGAGACUAAUGGAUAUGUACUGUUAUAUGAACAGAUGUUUGUAGAAGCCUUGUGGGGCCAUCUCCAGGCUGAUGGCUCCAGAAUUGUAUGCAGAGAUGAAGUUUCAUUUUAACACGCUGGUUACAUAUCUAUUUCCCUCUAUGAACUCAUGGCUGUAAAAACAAGCCUGCUAUAGAGAUUGAGAUCUGCUUUUAGGAUGUGAAAAGAGGAGUUGGAAGAACAGCUGAAGUAGUGCUUCUCUCAUUGUUUAGUAUGUACUUUGCCUGUAACUGGAGAAAUAGCACUGUUGGGAAGUGAAUUUAAAGAAACACAUCUUCAGCUUUCUACUCUUAGUCAGCCCACAGUAAGUCAGAGGCACAGCUUCCAUUACAAUUAAAAUGAUCUGCAGAUUUAUUUUAUUUUAAUCUUUAAAAAAAAACUAUUAACUGUACAUCUUGUUUGAUAAUAUUUUAAAAUUUAAAAGGAAAAAUCCAUUCUUGUACACUCUGACUCAAUACAUGAGCUGGGGCAGAAUACAGUAGACUAGUGAUAUUGCUUUUGUAAUUAUUAUUGUUAACAUUAAUUACCUUAUAUAAUAAACAUAUUCACUGUUUGUUAUAAUGUCAUUGUUUCAGGUCUCACCAGUUGCACUCCCUUGUUAGAACAAUGAUUAUUUUCAUCUAGGAAACGGCACAGUCAAUCUGCUUCAAGAAAGUAAGGAUAUAAAAUGCCAGUGAACUGGGUUUGUAACCACCACAAUGCCUGUUCCCCAUGCUUUUGGUUGAUGAAUGUAUGUGUAAAUGUAGAGAUUAAUAUGAAAAUCCCCACAUGGACAAACAUCAUCCACAAGACACACGGGGUGGGUAGGGGGUAUUCACUGGACAAAGUGUGCUGGUUUUGUACUUGAGAACAGCAGGUUUGAAGGGACUCUUAACUUAAGUACAGGAUAUUCUGGGUUAAUUAUUUGAGCAAAAACAAUUUUAUACCUUUUAAAUAUGUUCCCCUUGAAAAGAAAGCAACAAAGAUUAAUUAUUAAACAAAUUGUUGGUUAUUUA